AUGGCAUCUGAAAUGGCCGCCCAAAAGAAGUUGAUCGACGAGCUCAUCAGUAGUGGAGUGCAGCCCGAGCCUCCGCCCAUCAGGCAACCGGAAUCCGAACCAUUUGUCAUUCCUCCAAUCCAAACCACUUUUGAGGGAGUUUUCAACCCACAGUAUACUUACACUCAAAAUCCUCCGUUCUAUCCUCCCUAUGGGCAAGGAUUUCAGACUCAAGGUGGUCAAGGUGGUCCAAACAUGCCUCCGGAUCCACAAGCUUUUUAUCAGACUACCGCAGAGCCUUUUGUGCUGGAGCACACUGUUCAAGCCAAGCCGGAAGUGGGGGAGUCAUCUGCCCCGAUUGAUCUGAAGUUACUUAAGCGAUUGGAUCGUUUCGAUGAGUUCAUCCGGAAAAGCCAAGGUUUAAGCAAGCAAGGGGUGUUAGACUACGAUGAUCUGUGCCUGUUUCCAAAUGUGCAGCUGCCCGUGGGAUUCAAGACCCCGAAAUUCAACAAAUAUGACGGUACAGGCAAUCCGAAGACACACUUGCGUUUGUUUGCCAACAAGUUGGGCAAACCGGUGGAUGACGAGAACUUGCCAUUAAGGUUAUUUCCGGAGAGUCUAGAAGGCGACGCCCUCGAUUGGUAUUCAAACUUAAAGCCAGAGGAGGUGAAAACUUGGCUUGAUCUGUCCAACGCCUUCAUCAGACAAUACGAGUAUAACUGCGAGUUAGCACUGACCAGAACUACUUUGGAAGGCACGAAGAGGCGAUCAUCUGAAGAUCAUAAGACAUACGCCAAAAGAUGGAGAAAGAUAGCUGCCAAGGUUGAGCCUUCGAUGACCGAAGAUGAAGUUAUUCGCACUUUCAUAAAGGCGCAUGAUCUUCCAUACUUUGAAGAAAUUUUCCGCAUGACUGGGUGUUCAUUUGCUGCUAUCGUGAAUAAAUUCGAAGAGUAG